CGGCCUGCGGGAGCGGGGAGGCCCCCAGUCCUUUCCCUCCAGGUUAUUCUUUUCUCUCUACCCUUCGGACCAAGCCUCGCAUCCUCCCAGGCCCCAGCUCGUGGGCCCCAGCUCGUGGGCCUGAGUGACUUGCUCCUAACUUCCCUGCUUGACCUCGGUCAUCCCGAUGUUCCCUUCCGAUCCUGAAGAGCGACGCCCGCCAUCUCUACACGGCUUUUAUUUGGCCUUCCCGUUUCCGAGAGGGUUUCCCCACCCCCACCGGCCUAUCGGUGCCUGGCCUGGCCGAGCAUCCACUUUUCCCGGGAAAAGUGUGCUUUCGGGCGCUUUAGCCGCGCACCGUGCGCUCCGGGCCUCGUGGGGGACAGAAGCAGGCCGAGGAGGACACACAAAAUCAGACUUAAAGUGCUUUACGCGCUGCCCUGGAAACCGGGGGGGCUGGUAUAAGACAAUGAAGGGCAGAGUCUCUUAAGGGGGAAAACCUCUCCAGAGGUGACGCCGAAGCUGGAACUGGAAGGGCAAAGGGCCAGCCGGGCGAGAUGGUGGGCGUCUUGCAGACUCCAGGCAGCAUGGGAUUUGGCUAGCUGGAGCCUGAGGAGCUGGAGAGGGAGCCAUUGACUGGAGGUUUGCAGGGGAUAGGUGAGGAUCUGGAUGAUGUGUUGGAGAAAGCCAAGAAAGCCAAUGUUAUGGCUCUUGUGAUGGUUGCUGAACAUUCAGGAGAAUUUGAAAAGAUUAUGCAGCUUUCAGAAAGGUAUAAGGGCUUUGUCCUGCCAUGCUUGGGUGUUCAUCCUGUUCAAGGAGUUUCACCAGGAGACCAAAGAAGUGUCACAUUAAAGGAUUUGGAUGUAGCUUUGCCCAUUAUGGAGAAUUAUAAGGAUCAAUUGUUGGCAAUUGGAGAGGUGGGACUAGAUUUCUCCCCCAGAUUUGCUGGCACUGAUGAGCAGAAGGAAGAGCAACGACAAGUCCUAAUCCGACAGGUCCAGUUAGCCAAGAGAUUAAAUUUGCCUUUAAAUGUUCACUCACGCUCUGCUGGAAGACCCACCAUCAGCCUCUUAAAUGAGCAAGGUGCUGACAAAGUGCUUCUGCAUGCAUUUGAUGGUCGGCCAUCUGUAGCCAUGGAAGGAGUAAAAGCUGGGUACUUCUUCUCAAUUCCUCCUUCUGUUAUAAGAAGUGGACAGAAGCAGAAACUUGUGAAACAGUUGCCUUUAACUUCAAUUUGCUUAGAAACAGAUUCACCUGCACUAGGACCAGAAAAACAGGUACGAAAUGAACCCCAAAACAUUUCCAUUUCAGCAGAAUAUAUUGCCCAGGUGAAGGGGAUCUCAGUAGAAGAAGUUAUAGAAGUGACAACACAGAAUGCAUUGAGACUGUUUCCCAAGCUUCGGCAACUGCUCCAGAAGUAGCUGCAAAAUCAAAUCUGCUGCAGGGAACAGCAUUUGAGAGAAAGAAAUGUUCUGAGUUAGAGUCUGAACCGAAGAAACCAUUAUAUAGGGAUAAUGAAGAUUAUGAUUUUAGAGAAAUAUAUCUCCUAAAACCAGGCUAGGAUCCUGAAACCCUGGGUUCUGAUUCUACCUUGUGCUUCAAUUAAUGGGGUCCUAACAGGAGAUUGAGAAACACCACUGCUUCUUACCUCACCCCACUUAGUAGAACCACCAUAUGAACUGAAACCAUUUCUUCUGGCAAAGGAGGCUCCCCGAGGUAAGACAUGAUCGCUACUGGGACAGCUAACAUUUGAUCCUUUACCACCAUAGGAUUUAUGUAGAAAAUAAUCAUCUCGUUUCUUACACUGUCAGAGGUCUAUUUUCUGGAUUUGUAAAACUGAGUUGUUAGUACUUUGAAGUGCUUCUUAAGAGGAAAAUGUAUAGGUUUUUGUAUCAAUCCUAGAUUUUGACUUUUGAGGCCAGUGGUUUGUGCAAUCAUUGUUAAAUGCCAAGCCCCAAGGUUUAGGUAAUAAUAAACUGAGUUUAAGUUCUAGUCUGAAUUUUGUCGCAUGUUUAAAAUCUACAUAGCUUUAUUAAAAUGUAUCUAUUUUUGCA